AUGCAUCUCCUCAUUCAGGUAUCACAGAAUACAGGAGCUGGAAGGACUCUAAUCAAUGAGAAGUUAGAUCCUGAUACAACUGACAAGAAGAAAGGAAGAUUCUGGAGGCUAAAUGAAGAACCCUUUCCUCAAGCAAAUUCCAGUGCAAGUCCUGAUGUUAGUAAUGGAGGGGAGAGGAGGUCACCCUCGAUCGCUGCAUUCCUUUUUCGACUUUGCCUUAUACAUAUGGCUCCUCCUAAAGGAUCUCCUGGGGCUAGAAGAGAGGCAGUGGCCAGGCAGCCCAAGAGGGAGGUCCACUCUGCUGUGGAGGCCGCGAAGGAGGAGACCAGGAGGGGCUCCUCAAGGUUUCCAGGGCCUGCUUCUGCAAAAGUGGAAAUGAGCCAAAAAAGGCAGCAGGCAAGGAUGAAACUUCAGACAAAAAAAGCGCAAACAAAAGGGAAAAGGGGAGCAGAGGGAAAACAGGAGGAAGUGGCUAACCAAGUGACUAAAAAAGACUUAUCUGCAGAAGAUGGAGACGCUAAAAAUGAGAUUCCAGCUUCUGAUGAAGCAGGAGAAAAAGAAGCAAAAUCCAGUUAA